GGUUGGGUAGCUAGAUAGGCAAGACAAAUAAACAUAAUAAUAAUGGUAGUAAAGGUGUAUGGUUCAGCAGUAGCGGCAUGCCCGCAAAGGGUGAUGGCUUGCCUGUUUGAACUGGGGGUGGAGUUUGAGCUUAUCCAUGUUGACCUUAACUCCUUUGAGCAGAAAACUCCAGAAUUUCUACUUCGCCAGCCCUUCGGACAGGUUCCAGCAAUCGAGGAUGGAGAAUUCAAGCUUUUUGAGUCUAGGGCGAUCAUAAGAUACUAUGCAACAAAACACGCAGAAAAAGGGUGCAACCUGAUAGGAACUACCCCAGAAGAAAGAGCUGUGGUUGAUCAAUGGCUACAAGUGGAAUCCAACUACUUCAACGAUCCAGUGUACAACAUUGUUCUUCAGCUGCUCAUCUUCCCCACAAUGGGGCAGCCCACCGACCCCACUGUGGUCAAGAAAUGCACCGAAACUCUUGGGAAAGUGCUUGAUGUUUACGAGGAAAGGCUUUCCAAGAGUAAAUACCUCGCCGGAGAUUUCUUCUCUUUGGCUGAUCUCAGCCACCUCCCCGCCCUGAGGUUCUUGACGAGUGGCGGCGGAGAUGGUUUUGGCCAUUUGGUUAGUGGCAGGAAGAGUUUGAAUGCUUGGUAUUUGGACAUUUGUGGCAGACCUGCUUGGAAAAGAGUGUUGGACCUUAUGAACAAGAAUUAAUGAUGUUGUUUGAAAUUAACGUUAAGUUUUAAUUUCCAUUUUUCCCAUCUCCCCUUCUUGCAUGUUUAAAUUGCUCAAUUCCUUGCGAAUAAAAUAGUCAUAGAUAAUCCAAUUUCAUUCUCUUUCAUGAUUGAAAUAGUUACUAAUAUGACCAAAAUCAAGAGAUUGAACAAAAGUAAUGCCUUCCAUAAUAGCAAAAAGGUAUAUAUUCUUCGUAGUUAUGAGUGGUUUGAUACGAUAUAUUUGAAUAUUUUAUUUCACAUUUUUGCUACAAUAAAACUUUU